AUCCUCUGUUACGACCUCCAAAGUCAAGCCUCUCUCUUCCACCCUGCAUUCACUCUCAUCACCUAUCUCUAGUCUACGCUACUGUUGGAAUCCCCAGUCCGGUCUGUGACUGAGUCAACUGUCAGAGCCCAAGCGUGGAAAACCUGCACACACACACACACACACAUUUCCCAGUUCCCUGUGUUCUUUUCUCUGCAUCUUCCCGAUGGACUACAAAUAAAGUUCCUGUCUUUAAUCCUAUCUCGGUCUCUCUCUCUUUCCAUAAGACACCACUCCUUGGGAACUGUUGCCCAGUAAGAAGAGGGAGAGGAGGAGAGAUCAAAGAUCCUGCCUUUGUGUUAUCUUCUUGAUAUUUGUUUCUCAUCUUCUGGACUCUGUUGCAUUUUUCCUCUUUUACACGCAGGAGGUUGAAGAAAGAACCUUUCCGCGUUGUAUGAUCCAUCCAACGGUCAAAGUCCCUGCCUCAGUUUUCGGCAUGAGGCUCGCACCUUUAUAGUCUUAUCUCCUUCCUCUUAAACCACCGACUUCAGGUGAUCGUUCUAUCACAGAAGAGAUGGUAGAAAUGGGGAGGUAUAAUGGCCCCUUCAUCCUUCCUCUUUUCUUCUUGUGCUUCUCCUCCUGGCUUUCUUUGCAUAGCUCUGCUGACACUUCCACCUCCCAACUCAGCCAAACCCAAACACGAAUCAUGGGGAAUCUCUCCCGGAGCCUCCACAGCUCCUUACCCAACGCUAAAUGGAACACUAGUGACCCAAAUCCUUGUCGUUGGAUAAGAGUCAACUGCUCUUCUUCAGGAAACUCCUCGGUGGUCAAAAGCCUCGACCUCUCCGGCUUAUACACAGCCCCCAACUCCUCGUCGGUUGCCGGCUUCUUCGACGUACUCUGCCGCCUUGACUCUUUGGAGUCCCUCGACCUCUCUUCGAACUCUUUGACCGUCAUCCCCGGGUUCUUCUCCAACUGCAGCUUCUUGCAUGGGCUGAAGUCACUCAAUCUCAGCUCCAGUAUGUUAUAUGGUGCUCUACCAAAUUUCUCGCGUUUCAGUUCUUUGGAGACACUGGAUAUGUCUUUCAAUAACCUCAUUGGAGCAGUCGAUUCGCAGUUAGAUGGCCUCGCCAGAUUGAAAAGCUUGAAUCUUUCUGCGAAUGGCUUCACCGGAGACAUGCCUGCUCUUGGGAAGAGCCAAGGAUUGGAGGAACUGGUUCUGUCUGCAAAUUCCUUCAAUGGCCAAAUCCCAAGUGACAUCGGUGGUCAUCAAAACCUGACCUUAUUGGAUCUAAGCCAGAAUGACCUCUCUGGGGUGACUCCAGACGGGAUCGGGAAUCUCUCUAAGUUGGAGACGCUGCUCCUUUCUUCUAAUAGUUUGAUCGGGCUGAUCCCCAGAAGCUUGUCCAACCUCACGAGUCUCUCUCGAUUUGCCGCCAAUCAGAACUUCUUCAUCGGCAGCAUACCUUCCGGAAUUACCAAGUAUGUCAGGGUUUUGGACCUCAGCUACAAUAACCUUAGCGGCGAGAUACCAGCGGACCUUCUGUCAUCUCCUAAUCUGGUGUCCGUGGAUCUGUCAUACAAUAAGCUUCAAGGUCCUAUUCCUAAUAAUCUGUCUCAGAAUCUCUACCGAUUGCGGCUUGGUGGGAACUCACUCGAUGGGACCAUUCCAGAAACGAUUGGGAAUCUCUCCAAUUUGACGUACUUGGAGCUGAAUGACAAUAAUUUGGACUCGCAGAUUCAUCCAAAGAUCGGCAGCUGCAAGAAUCUGACGCUCUUAAAUCUUGCAUCCAAUCGUUUGCAUGGCGAAUUGCCGGAGGAGUUGGGUAGCCUUCAAAAGCUGGUUGUAUUGAAGCUUCAAAAGAACAACCUCAGUGGCGGCAUCCCUGAUAAGCUCUUCGAAUUGCAUGUCAACUUGAGCGUACUAGAUCUAAGCCAAAACUCCCUCACUGGUGUGAUCCCAUCAGCAAUUUCCAGAUUAGAGAGUCUUUCAAACUUGAUCUUAGAAGGUAAUAAUUUCGAUGGUUCUAUACCCGAUACCAUUGGUAACAUGUCAUCUCUGAUAGAACUGAAGCUGGGAGGCAACAGGCUGAGUGGAACAGUUCCUACAAUGCCUGCUAACCUGAGGAUAGCUCUUAACCUCAGUCAUAACUUACUCAGUGGAUCCAUACCACCCUCUCUCGUUGCUUUAACAGAAUUGGAGGUUGUUGAUCUCUCAGACAAUGGUUUUACUGGUGAGAUUCCAAGUUUUUUAGCAGGCAUGAGAAGCUUGACACUGUUAAAUCUGUCCAACAAUAAUCUUUCUGGAAUUUGUCCUGCAUUUGGAAAUUAUGUUACUGUCAUCACCUCUGGGAACAGGUAUCUCAUAUGCUCAACCGAAAGCCAAGACACAUUGCUUGGGUCACGUAAGAAGAGGUCACCUGUUGUGAUCAUCGUCGUGGUUAUCUCCAUGGUCGCUUUCUUAAUCUUGGUUGCAGUGGUUGUUCUGCUAAUCUCUUCCAAGCGCUUUUAUCGGGUGGAAGACGAAACUCCACAACUUGGAGAAAGCAAUCUUCAGAUUGUUAAUGGCUGCUUUGUGACUGCAAACAGUAUACAUAGAUCGAGUAUCGACUUCUCCAAAACAAUGGAAGUCACCAGUGAUCCAAGAAAAAUCAUACUGAAGACUCGAUUCUCUACCUACUACAAGGCUGUCAUGCCAAACGGGGUUAGCUACUUCGUAAAGAAACUGAAUUGGACUGACAAGAUUUUCCAAAUGGGAAGCCAUGAUAGAUUCCGCCAAGAACUGGAGGUGUUAGGAAAGCUGAGCAACUCAAAUGUAAUGGUUCCUUUGGCGUAUGUGUUGACCGAAGACAGCGCUUACCUGUUCUAUGAACAUGUGCACAGGGGGACUGUGUUCGAUUUCCUUCACAAGAACUUGGUGAAUGUUUUGGAUUGGCCCUCUCGUUACUGCAUAAUGCUAGGGGUAGCUCAAGGGUUGACAUUUCUCCAUGGGUGCACGCAGCCAGUUCUUCUGCUUGAUCUAUCGACAAAGACGAUCCACAUGAAGUCACCUAAGGAGCCUCAGAUAGGGGAUAUCGAGCUCUGCAAAGUUAUCGAUCCUUCGAAGAGUACCGGGAGUCUCUCCACUGUUGCUGGCUCGGUUGGAUAUAUUCCUCCAGAGUACGCAUACACCAUGACGGUGACAAUGGCUGGGAAUGUCUACAGUUUUGGGGUCGUUGUACUGGAGCUGCUGACUGGGAAACCAGCAGUGAGCAAUGGACUUGAGUUGGCCAAAUGGGCACUGAGCCACUCAGCUAGGUCUAGUGAAAGAGAGCAGAUCCUUGAUCCUAAAAUUGCGAAAACGUCGUUGGCUGUUCGAAGUCAGAUGCUUUCGAUUCUGAAGGUUGCCCUAGCAUGCGUCAGCAUGUCGCCGGAGGCAAGGCCGAAGAUGCGAAAUGCAUUGAGGUUGCUGUUCAAUGCAAAGUAGUUGUUGCUCGGCAAAGGCAGCUAAAGGUUUCUUGUUGUUGCUCAGAAUUGGUCAUGCACUAGUUGUGCUGGUGAUAGCUGUGUUCUUUUGGUAUUGAACUGCUGUUUUUUUACCAUUCAGUAUUGUUAAUAUCCACCAUUGUAAGAUAGUAUCUAUCACACUAGUAUCUCUAUUUCCUUGAGAGUGUUGGUCCUUGUUUCAGCACUCAGAAAGCAGAGUGAUGUAACAGGAGAUCUUAGAUUUAUAUAUUGCCAGACAUCUGUGGUUUAUACUCGAA